CACGCAAGCUGCAUCGGCUGCUUGGCGUUGUCUAGCAGAUGACUUCGGUUCGCAGGUCACUGCGCAAGACGCACAGAGAAAAGCAAGCUUAUCAAAAAAAAGUCUAGUACCAUACGUAAGUGAGCUCCUAUCAAGAUGAGAGAGAUUCUCAACCUUCACAUAGGUCAAGCUGGAGUUCAAUUGGGCGAGCAGUGUUGGAAACUCUACUGUCUCGAACACGGAAUCGGCAAUGACGGCACAGGGGUCUACGAGGACAAAAAGCUCCGUGACUCACUGAUAUCGUUCUUCACUGAUACAGGAAGAGACCGAUAUGUUCCCAGAGCGAUUUUUGUCGACACGGAUCCCUCAGUUAUUGGUGCAAUGAGCAAGAAGCCUAUCGGGAAACUUUUUAGCCCUUCGCAUUUGAUCUCUGGGAAAGAAGAUGCUGCAGAUGUCUACUCUCGCGGUUACCAAUCGGACAAUCGCCAGCUUUUAAAAAAUACUCUCAAUGUAUUAAGGCGCGUAACUGAAACUCUAGACUCACUUCAAGGUUUCGUAGUAUCACACUCUAUCGGAGGCGGUACAGGAUCUGGUUUUACGGCUGCCCUUCUACAGCAGCUGCACGAAUUUUACGCGAAUAAGUGCCGCCUACAGCUGAUGAUCGCACCUUCUCCAGACUGCAGCGAGGUUGUAGUUGAGCCUUACAACGCUGUGCUUCACGUAGACUCCACGUUCGAAAAUGUCGACUGCACGUUUAUGGUUGAUAAUCAAACACUCUUCAAGCUUUGUCGAGACCGGCUAAAGAUUAGGAGUCCAUCUUAUGACAACGCAAAUGCUGUCAUUUCCCAGGGUUUUUCGUCAAUCAUGAAUUCGGUGGGGCUGGAUGGAUCCUUGAAUGUGGACCUCAGCGAGUUCCAAACAAAUCUCGUCCCUUUUGGAAGAUUACAUUUUACGAUGAUGAGCUACAGUCCAUUCGUUACAUCCGGACACCGCGAUCUAAGCCGUGAGACGUCCGUCGUGGAGAUUACUCGUGACCUCUUUCAGUCAACUAACAGAUUCCUAACUUGCGACCCACAGAAGGGCAGUUAUAUAGCUUGUGGCAUCCUCUACCGUGGGGAAGUUUCACUGUGUCAUGUGCAGCAAACUCUGUCGAAUAUACGCGCUCAGAAGACGCUGAGUAUUGUUGACUGGAGCCCGGCGGCUUUCAAGCUUGGGGUGAACCCUCGCAAACCAUCUGUACUUACCGACAGUGGUUUCACAAAGGUACCGCGCUCCGCGUGUAUGUUAGCAAACAGCACGGCGCUUGCUUCGGUUUGGAGAAAGGUCACGCGGAAAUUUAAUCUCCUGUAUCGCAAGAAGGCUUUCGUACAUUGGUAUUAUAAUGAGGGACUUGAAGAAAAUGAAUUCAAGUCAGCUUAUGACAACGUUGUCGACAUGCAAAAAGAAUAUGCGGAUCUCGAAAGUAGCCAGAUUGAGCACAAUGCUUCACGAUCAGACGGACUAUAGAAAAUGUCCCAUAUAAAUGUUCUGCUACAUUGACCAGCUUUCUGGUUGUUGGUGGUUGUAAAGCAAAUCUACCUCUGAACAACGUUCAGAAGCAGUUCUUUAAUAAACACUGUGGCUCGCAA